AGAGUCCGGACGCCAGGGCACAGGUGGGAGGGCGCGCGGGCGACAGAAGCGCGUCUGAUAGGGGAGGGCGUGCGGGACCUGGCAGCUACCGCACCACAGAGAUCGCCUGGUGCCGGCGGCUCCGGCCCCCGCCCCCUUUGGCUGCCGCUCUGAGCUUUUCCGACUGGGAACCAGAAGCAGCAGGAUCACAGCCCGGCCAACCCGCGGGCACCUGCCCCAUCGCGGGGACCAGAGGUGCGCAAGGCGGUCACCACUCCGGGAUCCUGUACAGCGCGGGGUGAGCGCCCCUCCGGUCCGGGGACGGUCAGUUGCAGGGCCCGGCGCACCCUCUGGGGUGCCAGAUGGGGGUUCCCGGGGGGCGCGGGGUCGAAGUUAGGUCGACCCUCCAGUGCUACCCAGAGCGACAUGCUGCCGCCUGGGCGCAAUGGCACCGCGCAUCAGGCACGGCUGGGGCUGCAGCGGCAGCUGGCGCAGGCGGACGCCCCGGGGGGCUCCGCGGCCCCUCUGGGACCCGCGCAGGUGGUCACCGCCGGCCUCCUGACUCUCCUCAUCGUCUGGACCUUACUUGGCAAUGUGCUAGUGUGCGCAGCCAUCGUCCGCAGCCGCCACUUGCGCGCCAAGAUGACCAACAUCUUUAUUGUAUCCUUGGCGGUCUCGGACCUCUUUGUGGCAUUGCUGGUCAUGCCCUGGAAGGCCGUGGCUGAGGUGGCUGGUUACUGGCCCUUUGGGGAGUUCUGCGACGUCUGGGUGGCCUUUGACAUCAUGUGCUCCACUGCCUCCAUCCUGAAUCUGUGUAUCAUCAGUGUAGACCGCUACUGGGCUAUCUCUAGGCCCUUCCGCUACGAGCGUAAGAUGACCCAGCGCGUAGCCCUGGUCAUGGUGGGCCUGGCCUGGACCUUGUCCAUCCUCAUCUCCUUCAUCCCGGUCCAACUCAAUUGGCACAGAGACAAGGCAGGCUCCCAGGGCGGAGAAGGCCUGCUGUCCAAUGUAACGCCCUGGGAAGAGGGCUGGGAUCGAGAAGGGAGGACGGAGAACUGCGACUCCAGCCUGAACCGAACUUAUGCCAUCUCCUCCUCGCUCAUCAGCUUCUACAUCCCGGUGGCCAUCAUGAUCGUGACCUACACGCGCAUCUACCGCAUUGCACAGGUGCAGAUACGCCGGAUCUCCUCCCUGGAGAGGGCAGCUGAGCAUGCUCAGAGCUGCCGGAGUCGCGGGGCCUGCGAAUCUGACCCCAGCCUGCGAGCAUCCAUCAAGAAGGAGACCAAGGUCUUCAAGACACUGUCAGUGAUCAUGGGGGUCUUCGUGUGUUGCUGGUUGCCUUUCUUUAUUCUGAACUGCAUGGUUCCGUUCUGUAGCAGUGGAGACGCCGAAGCCCCAAGGCCUGGCUUCCCUUGCGUCAGUGAGACCACCUUUGAUAUAUUCGUCUGGUUUGGCUGGGCCAAUUCCUCUCUCAACCCCAUCAUCUAUGCCUUCAACGCUGACUUCCGGAAAGUGUUUGCCCAGCUGCUGGGAUGCAGCCACCUCUGCUUCCGGACCCCUGUGCAGACCGUAAACAUCAGUAACGAACUCGUCUCCUACAAUCAAGACACCGUCUUCCACAAGGAGAUUGCUGCUGCCUAUGUCCACAUGAUCCCCAAUGCGGUGUCCUCCGGAGACAGGGAAGUGGGCGAGGAGGAGGAGGAGGAGGGGCCUUUUGAUCACAUGUCUCAAAUCUCUCCAACGACCCCAGACGGUGACCUGGCUGCUGAAUCUGUCUGGGAGCUUGACUGUGAGGAGGAGGUUUCCUUAGGCAAAAUCUCACCUCUCACCCCCAAUUGUUCCCAUAAAACUGCUUAGAAACACCCUCAUGGGAAUAUACAACGGCAGCCAUAUUUACAGGCAUUCACACAUACAUACACAUAAAUCUACACACUCCCAGUGUGCAUAUGCUUUCUGUAGUCCAGCUGCAUAGAAACCAAACGAUACUUAGCUGAGAAAAUUAGCAGAGGCUGUUGGAAUAAACUCAGACUCUGAGUUCAUUCAGAAAAGUGUUCCCUUUAAGGAAGAGAAAGUGGAGCCCGGUCCUUUAAGAGCACACCUCAACUUAACCUUCCAAACACACACUUGUUCUGUGAUUCUGUCUAGGUUGCUUUUUAAAUGACAGGUCUCUGAGUGGCAAUUGUUGGAGAGCACUGUGGCUUUCCAGAGACUUGGGUCCUGUAGCCUGGUGCUCUGGUAGCUUCUGUUUAGCUUGGAUUGGGGCUCUUUCCUGGGCCCGGGAUUUUUUUUCCUGAUUUGUUCUGCUUUUUAAGGUGCACAAUACACGUGCUUGGGGUUGGGGGAGGGUCAUCUUUGCGCUGCCAGUUGGUGUUUGGUGUUGCCCGGAGAAACCUCAGCAUGUUCUUAGCAGACAGCUGGGUUUGGGAGCACACAUUUGUUUUCUGAGCCGCUUGGUUUAGGGAACACGCUGCACAAAGGGCCUUGAGGAAUGGCUGAAUUCUCAGCUUUCUUACUAUUAGUCAGUCACUCCUCCAGGGCACACUGAAGGUUAGUUCCACCUCCACAGUGUGUUAGAUUCAGACUUCUCAAGCCUGGCUAGUUCUAUUUUGACGCUUGGAAACUUUUUCUAGGGUCACAGGAGACAAUGGUCCUAGUUGCUACACAGAUGCUCUCAGUUCAUUGAAAAGACCACCUAGAAUAACAGCCCUGUCAUCUCCAUUUCUCAUCCACAGUAUUUCAAAGUGACGUGGCUUCAGUAAAUCACAUUUUCUUGGGUCUUUUAGCUGCGAUAUGUUUCAAAAUGCUUCAAAACCAAAAUUCUGCUUGGAAGCCGAUGCUUUUUACUGCAGACAGUAGCAAACGGAGUGAACUUCAACCCGCAUGCAGAAAGCCAGAGGCGACAAGUGAAUGGAUGAACUCAUGGGGUGCGGGGCUCACAAGGGAGCCCACCUGUCUGUCUUUAUGCUGUCCCUCUCUGCACUGAGUACAGCGAAGAGUACUUUAUUCUGCUGUCAUUUCACUAGUCACAAAUGCAAACAUAUAACAAAAGCAAACGGACUCUGCAUCUGUAAGCUCCCACACUCCCCUGCUCCAAAGAUGGCUUCUCAAGGACAGUUCAAUCAAUUUCGGUUUCCUUAUGGAUAAUUGUAUUAUGAGUCUUCUGAACAGCCGUGUCUUGUUUCUUGUAAAAUGUGCAGUGCCUGUCACACCAUGCUUAAUAAAUGUUUGUUGAAUGAA